AUGUCAGUCAGCUCAACAUCCACGAACAUGUUCCGACGCGCCCUUUCCAGCGCUCGAGUUUCCAACUCCAUCUCCAAGUCCAUCAGACCCGCCGUCUUCAGUCCCUGCAGGAGCGUGUCGAGCGCUGCGCGCCUGCCCACCAUCACAGCUUCAGAGACUCGCCGCCGGCCAACACUAAGACCGAACCAGCAGCCUGUGGCCGCGACCGGUGUGAACGGACUGUCGCCGACCAGCAAGCGGACCAUUUUCAUCCAAACCGAGAACACUCCUAAUCCUGAUGCCCUAAAAUUCAUUCCCAAUCACGCCGUUCUGCCCGAGGACUUCCCUACCUCUUUCCUCGAAUACCUUACUCCCCGCUCCACUCUCGCCCCUCCCUACCCAUCUCCCCUCGCCGCCAAACUCUUCGACGUUGAAGGGGUCACCUCUGUCUUCUACGGAUCAGACUUCAUUACCGUCACCAAGGCCGGUGACGCAAACUGGGCGCACAUUAAGCCUGAGGUUUUCAGCCUGAUUACACAGGCCGUUACCUCGGGAGAAACGAUUGUGUCAGUCGUCGAGGGCACAGGUGAAGCAGGUCAAGAGGUCGAGGAGGAUUCGCUCGCCUACAACGAGAACGAUGACGAGGUUGUCAGCAUGAUUAAGGAGCUUUUGGAGACGCGAAUCCGUCCUGCCAUCCAGGAGGAUGGAGGUGAUAUUGAGCUACGUUCGUUUGAGGACGGUAUUGUUAUGCUGAAGCUGCGUGGAGCGUGCCGUACUUGCGAUUCGAGUACAGUUACGUUGAAGAAUGGCAUUGAGUCAAUGCUGAUGCACUACAUUGAGGAGGUCAAGGGUGUUGAGCAAGUUCAGGAUGAGGAGGAGAUCAUCUCGAUGCAUGAAUUCGCCAAGUUUGAGGAGAAGCUGCGACAGCAGAAGGGCGCCGGGGCCACGGCCUCUGCUCCUUUGGAUUCCGCCCCGUAA